AUGCCCCGCAGAGCACGUGCUAAACGGCGAAAGCUUGCGGCCUCCCCACCGUCUCUGGGUGCUAAAAUCGUGACUGAAGACAUGGCAGACGCCAGCGUAUGUUCUUCGCCGUCUGCAGAUCAGAUUGACUCACAAAUCCCUUUAGUGCAUGUAGAACCUCUCGACCCUUCAGUCGCCCAAAAAUACGCCUCUGCUAGUCGUAGCAGGCCAUCAGCCGGCGAAAUAAUCGAUCAGCUGAUUUAUGGAGACAUAAACAGCACUUCUGAAAAAGUGCUUGAACAAGCUUUUAAACUUAUUGGGGUAAUAAGUUCGGAAACUGAGGAACGAAUUAAACGCAAGCAUAAUUUCGUACUGCGAAACAUUCCGAGCCACUUAUCUGCUAUGGAGGGAGCGCAUUUGUUCCUACAAAGUUGUGGCUUGAGUUUUAGUGUCGCACAAGCUAAGCGACUUCGCUCGCUUAGUCAUAAUGCGCCGAGACUAGUUACCCUUUUCUCCAUGAUAGAAGUCGAUUUUAUCUUGUCGAGUAGGGCGAUAACUAGAGACUUCUGCCGUAAAUGGCGCUGCUCCGUUUCGCCGGACCUCACACCCCUGCAGCGAAGACUGAAUAAACUGAAAUCGGCAAAAACCAACACCAAGAUAAUGACACCUACUGUCAGUCUGUCCUCUACAACACCACCUGCGGCAUCUACAAGUCACGGCAUAGUCAAUUCCGUAGGGAGUUCGACUACUUUUAAUGCUGACCUCUUUAAACACACCACCACGCCUGGUAUAAACACGCCUCUAUCGACUCCCUCAGCAACCCAUAGUAAGCCUAAGCAUGUGUCUAAGUCAAAGGCAAAUCCAAUUGUUGUCUCAGCCACUCGGACACCCAAUAAAUCCAGCACCAGUAUAAAAUCUUUUCCUCCACAAUCGGCUAACAGUGCCUCAAAUACCCCGACUCAAAACGUAGCGGGUUCGCAACUGCCCCCCAGCCCUCAUAUCAAGGCAGUUAGGCUGAAUAUGCCGAUUUUCCCACCGUUUAAUAGACCUUGUAGUGACAUUUAAAUAUGUUUUGUUUUAAUCAGUUACAAUACGCUUUGACACAACUUUGAAUAAGACAAAGAACACGCACGUGCACUUUUACCUGCUGACGACUUUGUUCUUAUUUAUUAGUUUGUAACUGUUGGGAUACCGCUAUUUUCGUUUCCUGGAUAGCCUACUCGCUGUGCCCAACUAGUGGAUUAAUCUCUUAUACUGGUGACCCUAUAUCGUUCAUAGCUCCUUCUGUUUAAUCUCUGUGCAUAACUAUUUCCAUUCGGAUUAAUCCCCACUCUAAUUUUUAUCGAUCAAAUUAUUCAUCUAGCCCUUAUUUGCUAUUCACACUGUCUCACCCUUUCAUCCAAUACGAGCGCUACCCUUCAAUCUCUCUGUCAACGCGCCAGUCCUCUACCCCAUUUAUCUGACCUCUGACCGACCCCGGCUAAUUAUGUCCAGCGAUUCUACCAGCCAGCCGAUAGCCGGCAUUCACACUUUUGACCUGCCAUCCGUGUGGCUCGGUGACAUCGCGUUAUGGCUGCGCACUGUAGAGUCACGAUUCGCCCUCCGUCAGAUCACACGAGAGGAUACCAAAUGUCACUAUGUUGUGGCAGCACUCCCAAUGGACAUCGCCACCGACCUCCGCGACAUCAUAGAUUGCCCGCCCACAGAAGCCCCUUAUACUGCCCUAAAGGAGGCCCUCAUUUCCCGCAUUUCCCUCUCAACGCAAAAACGUCUCCAGCGUUUAAUUUCUGAGGAGGACCUCGGUGACAGGAAGCCUACGCAGCUUCUUAGGCGUUUGGAGCAGUUGGCAGACGGACAAAAGCUGGAUGCCACCAUGUUCAAGCAACUUUUCCUCCAACGGUUGCCUCCUUCUGUGCAAGCCAUCCUUGCGCCUAACAUUCCUUCGUCGACUGUUCAGAUGCUCGCGGAGACUGCUGACCGUAUACUCGAGUACUACCAGCCUCCUGUUACGGUUAACGUCGCCAGUCGAAGCGCAACUGCCCCCACAAUCGAGGAUGUCGUCAAACGCCUGGAUGCCCUCACUCUCGAAGUUUCCCAGCUCCGGGCCACUCGCGUCUAUAACCCUCGUAGUCCUGCAAUUUCUCGCCGCCCGAGAUCUCCCACUCCAAACAAACCUACAGUUGAUGGUUUCUGUUGGUAUCAUCACAAUUAUGGUCCUAACGCCCAUCGCUGCCACUCUCCGUGCAAAUAUAAAACACCCGCGUUGGAAAACUCCCCUGCCGACCAGUAA